AUGAAUUUGUAUAUCAAGUAAUGAAACAUCCACAAAAACUAGCUGUUGAACUCGAUGAACAAUCAUUGACAUAUUGUGAACUCUUGUAUUAUGUUCAAGUAUUAUCUUUAACUCUUCUUAAUGAAUAUUUUAUCACUCCAGGUGAGGUCGUAUGUCAAUGUGUUGAGCGAAGUUUGUCAAUGGUGAUUGGUAUUAUGGGUAUUGAAAUGGCUGGUGGUGUUUAUUGUCCGUUGUCACCUCGAGAUCCACAACAUCGUUUGCAUGCACUCAUACAACAAACACAAAGUCGUCUUGUUCUUGUUCAUCAUUUAACUAAGACCAAACUCGAUGAAGAUAUUGUUGCGCUUGGUAUUGAUUUAAUAUUAACUGUUUAUAAUAUGGAAACGAAUAUUGAUAUUGAUCAACUAUCAAGUAUAAGAGUCACAUUUGACGAUAUAGCUUAUAUUAUUUUCACAAGUGGUUCAACUGGAAUACCGAAAGCGCUUCAAGCACGCCAUGAAAAUCUCAUUCAUUUCAUGAACUCAUUAGUCACGAUGGACGUAUUCAACAAAGAUGAUACUGUAGUUCAGAUCGGACGAUGUUCAUUUGACAUUCAUGUUCAAGAAAUACUUGGCACUCUAAUGCGUGGAGCUACAUUGGUUAUGGUUCAUCCAGGAGGAACACUAGAUUUUAAUUAUCUCUCCAAUAUCGUGCAGAUAAAACAAAUUACAUAUAUGUUUAUGGUUCCAAGUUCACUUCAAAGCUUUUUUACAUUUAUCGAACAGUCUAACAAGACAACUACUGCAAAAUAUUUUCGAUCACUUUGUAGUGGCGGUGAACCAUUCCCUGUUAAACUGAGUACUCUAAUUGGAAAUAAUAAUGUGUCAGAAUAUAAUGUAUGGAAUUACUACGGUCCUGCAGAAAUAACAAUCGCCUGUACACUUCAUCUUAUUGAUGUUAAAGCUAAUUCUAGAAGCAUUCCAAUUGGUAGAUCACUUCCUAACUAUCGAUGCUUGAUUUUAAAUAAACUUUUACAAAGUACAUCUAUUAAUGAAGAAGGAGAAUUAUUUGUUGGUGGUAUGAGUGUCUUUGCUGGUUAUCUUGGGCGUGAAGAUUUAACUACAAAAGCUCUUGUUGAAAUAGAUGGUGAACUAUUUUAUCGAACUGGUGACCUUGUUAGAAUAGAUAAUAAUGGCCUUCUCGAUUUUCAAGGAAGAAAAGAUCAUCAAAUCAAAUUACGUGGACAACGAAUUGAACUUGGUGAAAUCGAACGAUGUUUACUUAAUAUUACAUCUAUAUCUGCUUGUGUUGUCAUUAAAUGGAGUGAUGAUCAUUUAGUUGCUUAUGUUCAAAGUUUUGAUAUUAAUGAGAACAAAUUACGCGAAUAUUGUCAAUCACAUUUACCACCUCAUAUGAUUCCAUCUUUCUUUAUCAUACUUGACAAAUUACCAUUGAACUCAAAUGGAAAAAUAGAUCGAAAACUUCUUCCGCCACCUGAUUUGUCGUCGUCAAGUCAUACUCAUGAUAAUAAUGUACCGCGCACCACCUUAGAACAACAGUUACAAGAUAUAUUUACUCAAGCUUUACAUAUUGAAUCUCCUCAUGUUGAUGUUCCUUUUGGUCAACUUGGUGGAACGUCUUUGAGUGCUAUCCUUGCACUUACAUUGAUUCGUCAGCAAGUCUCUAAUAAAGUUGACAUUGGUCUUUUAUUUACUAAUCCAUCUGUUCGACAACUAGCUCAGGCUAUAGAACCUUUAUUAGCUUUCGAAGAACUACAAGAGACAGCUUCCACAGUCAAUGAAAUUCAUGAAACAGAUUUUAACGAAAUAUUUGAGUUAUAUUAA